GUGCACAUACGGGGGUAUUACUUUCGGUUUCUACCACAGUAGCCGUUAGUUUUCAUUGAUACAGCGCACAACAUUCGCAGUUUUAGUAUAUUUAUUUAUACAAUUACUCUGAUUUGUUUAGUCACCAUGUCGGGAAUACCACCAGAUACCUGGCAGCCACCCACAGUGAGCCUGGAGACAACAAUGGGUACAAUUGCAGUGGAACUAUACUGGAGACAUGCUCCCAAAACCUGCAAAAACUUUUCUGAGUUGGCCAGGAGAGGUUACUAUAACAACACAAAGUUUCAUCGUAUCAUCAAGGACUUCAUGGUGCAGGGAGGAGACCCCACAGGAACAGGUCGUGGCGGUGCCUCCAUAUUUGGCAAAGAGUUUGAAGAUGAACUUCACCCUGACCUGAAAUUCACAGGUGCAGGGAUCCUAGCGAUGGCCAAUGCAGGACCAGAUACAAAUGGAAGUCAGUUCUUCCUGACCCUGGGGCCUACUCAGUGGUUGGAUGGGAAGCACAGUAUCUUUGGGAGGGUAUGCCAAGGUAUGGCAGUGGUCAACCGCGUCGGCAUGGUGGAAACAAACACACAAGACCGACCUGCCGAUGACAUAAAAAUUCUCAGGACGACUAUACCCAACUGAGAUGCAUUCAUACAACCAAGGGCUACAUUUAUUUGUACAUUCAUUUUGUCAUGAUUUUUUUGUAAUAAAUGCCUUUGAAUUAAUUUUGGUCAAUAAUGUAACCAUUGUCAUAAUCGCUUAAAUUGUUGUGGGUGUUUGUGUAAAAUCACUGGGCAAGGCCCACCCAUAUUUUUUAAAUUGUUAUUACAACCUAUAUGUUGUGAUAAUUGCGUGCGUUUGCUCUAUAAACUGCUGGUUCAUAUGCCUUGCAAACGUAUUGGUCUAAGGCCGAGACAAUAAGACGAAGUGGCAGAAUAAAUUUAACCACACCUAUGUUUCAUCAUAAAUCCGGAGAGCAACCUCUCUUACAUGACUUACAGCAUGGUCAAGCAAGUGAAUGCUUCCAACAUUUUCGGACGACAAAACUUGAUUUAGAACCAGAGUUACCGCAAGUCGCAAAGAAAACAGGAGCGGCCUCCACUAUUCCAGCAACCACUUCAACAUCAUCAAAUCACCUAUGCUUAAUCUACAACUAAAUGAUUCCAAAAACAAUUUAGGGCAAUCAAAGUAAGCUAAAUAUGAUGUAGCUGUCCAUGAUUCUGGGGCGGCAGGGUAGCCUAGUGGUUAGAGCAUUGGACUAGUAACCGAAAGGUUGCAAGUUUGAAUCCCCGAGCUGACAAGGUAAAAAUCUGUCGUUCUGCCCCUGAACAAGCAGUCAACCCACUGUUCCUAGGCCAUCAUUGAAAAUAAGAAUUUUUUCUUAACUGACUUGCCUAGUUAAAUAAAGGUUAAAAAAAAAAAUCUGA